AUGGACUACGAUACAGGAUUGAAACUAGCUCUAGGAUGGAAUCGUCGAAAUAUGGAAUUAAUCGGCGUUUGGCCGGAACCGACUAGAACCGACGAACGAUUGCCAAACUUUAAAGUUCUAUUCUUCUUGUCCAUAAUAUUUCUAUUCGGAAUUUUACCGGAGAAUGUGAAUCUAUAUUUCAUAUCAGGAAAUCUUGAUCUGGUGAUGGAAAAUCUAACGAUGGCAAAUUUACCUGGUAUGAACGCGAUGAUAAAGUUUAUCUACGCUUGGUAUUACAAGGAAGCUUUGAAGCCCGUCAUUAAAUGUUUCUACGAUGACUGGUACACGGCAAAAACGGAAGAGGAAAAAGCACUGAUGCUGAGGAUGGCUAAACCCGCUAAAUUUAUUUCUGUAUGGUGCUCGAUGUUAAGUUUAACAAUGCUAGUUGCAUACCAAACCCUUCGAAUAUUUACCAUCUGCCUGACUGACAAAGCAAGCGUAAACCAGGAUCGCUUGAUGAUAUAUCCCGCAUAUUUCCCUUUUGACAUUCGACCUACAUCAAGAUUAUUAAUAAUCAAUAUUGCUCAACUGAUAGCUGGAUAUUCAGACACUGUUGCUUAUACUACGGUCGACACUUUCAUUGCCAUGUUGAUCAUGCAUAUUUGUGGACAAUUUGCGAUUUUAAAGAAGAAAUUAUUAAAGUUGAUGGACAAUGACAGACAUAGCAAAGGCAUGGAUGAGUUUCAAAAGGAGCUGGCUUUGAUUAUUAACAAACACGAGCAACUGAACGGACUUGCGGCAAAAAUCGAAGAGUGCUUCUGUAUGCUGUUGUUGCUUCAACUGCUGUUUUGCACCAUCGAAAUCUGUCUCCAAGGGUUUAUACUUUUAAAUGUGAUACUUAAAAACGAAAAUGGAAUUUUCCACUUUCAAAUGGUUCACUUUAUUAUCUUCGUCAGCUUCGUCCUCGUGCACAUAUAUCUCUAUUGCUACAUAGGCGAAACGCUCCUAGUUCAAAAUCAAGAAAUGAGCGACUGCGCGUAUGAAUCGAAAUGGUACAAUGUCUCACCCCCUGAAGCCAGGUGUCUUCUAUUCAUUAUGAACAGAUCUGUUCGGCCACUAUAUUUGACAGCAGGCAAAUUUAGUACUUUUUCCAUGGAAAUGUUCAGCAGCGUGUGUAUCACCGAAUUGUUACUUUAA